UUGUGUCAUGCAUGUUGUAGUCGCCAUUUUGAUGCUUCUCGGUGUGUGGGCUAAGGCGAUGAAUGUCUCUACAGUACAGUACAGUGCAGCUAGUUUACCCACAUUCAAUAUUGAAUCUCGUACUACUGCAUAGGAUGGGAUUUUUAUGAGUACUGCAUUUUUACUCUGACGGAUUAAUUUUAACGAAUGAGAUUGUGGACCUUUGGAAAAUGUUUUUUUUUACGGCGUACGUCAGAUUAGAACGAUUUAUCGGAAUGCGAAGUCUGAUUUUAGACUGUUUUGUAACUUCGCAUGCUAGCCAUCUAACGUUAGUGAAUCAAUGUUAGUCACAACCGGAUUGCUAACGAAUGUACUUUGCAUCAAGACUUGUGGAACAUGUAGCUAAAAGCUAUGCUAUUGGAUUACAUGGAAAACAUCAGUCUGAAGAGGCACUGGAAGCGACGUGGUCCCGAAACGCCAUUUCUAGACACUGUAUUAAAUUGUUUUUAGAAGCCAUGCGAAGAUCUUGCUAGUAACUUUAGCUGGCUAGCUAGUUCGCUAUGCGGCUAGCUGAAAUAGAACCGUGGCUAUCUAUUAUAACGUUAACAUUUCACGGUGCCUUUUUUCAUCAUGGCUGUGUAGGGAACGCACAACAAGCUACAAGUGGUUUUCACUUAACGUUGCUCCUCACGUUCUAGACAUGUGUAUAACAGACCAUCAAUAAUACUUUUUUUUCGAAGAAUCCAUAUACAUUAUUGAGUUGUUAAUUGUCGGAUAUUCUGAAAUGUAUUUUCCAAUACAAGCAGCCUACAGGUCGAAAGUUGAUUGUUGACUAUUCCUAUAUUCCAAAACGGAUAUCUGAAGUGCAAUCCUAUUGUGUUGGACGAAAUAAACCUGUUUGGCUUUUAAAUGGGAUGUGAAGUUAACGGUAACCGAAUGCUGAGUGAUAACUACAGUAUUGCUGCUGUAUAAUUAAGCAUUGAAGUUAAAAUCGAACCUCCAACGGAAGAUGACAAGUCAAAGAAAAGGGCAAUACUGCUGUCCUCAUAGAAAUAUGAACGCUUCAUUCGAUUCUCCAGUUUGACCACAUCCAUAGCAUUGGACCUUCAAUUAUGAUUUUUGGAUUGAUACCCCAGGAGUUACAUGAACAGCUCCUUGACUUGAAGAACUACAAAAAUAGAACAAAUGGUGUGGAACAGCUUAAAAACAUCCUAUUUGGAUUGGAUUUAAAACAAGUCCCCUCAGACAGUAUUGUGGAAUUUAUCAACUUCCUCCGUGUGCUCCUGGAUGAUAGCAACUUCAAAGUUCUGUAUGGCACUUUACAGGUGAUAAAUCUUCUUAUCCAGAAAUUGGAUUACAAUGUAGACAAAUAUUUCAAACAGAUUGCGUAUGUUGCUCUGAAAACCCUUGGGGACACUCGAGCAGUCACCAGGGUUGAGUACAUGAAUUUGUUUAGGCAGUUGACUCGAACUGUAGGGCCACAAAAAGUGUUGGACCUUGUCAUUGGACAACUGAGACACAAGAACUCCAGGGUCAGAGAGGAUGUCAUCAACAUCAUUACAGCAGCUGUGCUCACCCACCCCAGGAAAGACUUUAACAUUCCCAGUCUCUGCUUUGAAGUUGCACCAUGUCUGGCAGACAGCAAGAAAAAGGUCCGCCAUGCAGCCCUAGAAUUAUUUGCUGUUUUUGACCAUUGCCUUGACACAGGGAAAAGGCAGCCCCUAAUGAAAGCUGUAGACAGAGUUGAGCUCAAUGGGGAUGUGGAGGGUCUAAUGGCAGCUGUUCAAGCAAGAAGAGCUAGGCACAUACUCCCCAGGCUGUCCUCUGAUGGGCUGGUGGAGUACGCCUUGGUAAUCCCCAAACCAGGACAACGACGCUCACCUCAGUUUGGGUCAGGAGCUGACAUUGAGUGGGUGCUCAAUGGUGGGCGUGUCAGCAGUGCCAGAAGCAUCCGGACGGAACCAGACUCUGGCAGGAUUUAUCAUGGUUAUGGAAGCUUGGGCUCCCUUGUUGAUGACCUUCCACUGCAGAGGAGAAUUGUUAGUGCAGGCAAAGGGAAAAACAAGUUACCCUGGGAGAGGUCAAGCCUCCCUUCCACAGUGAAGACCCAGCCAUGCAGUUCCUCUAAUGGAAAAUCCUCUAAUCAGGCUGCCACUGAAGACUGCCUGUCUGACUCUCUGAAGCUGAGCCCUGAGACAUAUGUCCCCAGUUUUGGUGCUGCUGAUGCCAAUACGCUCCUAUCUUCUAGAAGGAGGGAACCUCUGGGAUGCCUGAGGAGGAGCGGGAGUCUCGACUCAGACCCUGACAUCUUUAAAUCUUCUAACUUCUCUGACACAGAGGGAGUUGUGCCACACAAAGCCCAUCUUGUUGGAAACCCCGGCGUUGAGCGCACCUUCUCGCUCCCCUCCAACCCCUCAGUCCAGGGCAGCUUCCUACUGCCCUCCUACCCUCUGGCCACGCUCCCUAGUGGCAUGCUCACCCCAACAGUGUCCCGCCGCCGCGCUGACUCCUCACUGUCUAUGUCCAACACCUGGCCCAACAAGAGAGAGAGCAGCCCGAGCAGACGAGACCCCAGCCCCUGGAGAGAGAUUUCAAAGGAGUUGUCAGGCAGCCGCUGUUCUCCGCGGCCUCUCCGCGCCUCCCUGGUAAGCUCCUCGUCUGCCUCGUCCUUCAGGCGGGCUCUGAGCGGGACACGGACCAUGCUGCCCCUUUCCCCAUCCCCGGGCUUUCCCCUGCCUGAGAGGGGCCAGGGCCUUCAAGCUCCAUCCCAAUCCGGCCUACAGGACCAUCCCUCUGAGAGGAACCUCCAUCUAGACCUUGAGCACCUCAGCCUGCAGGACCAGAACCAUGAAGAGGAUCCUUUGGACCGGCAGGAGAUGCUGAACUCCCUGCGCUCACUCCGCACCAGCGCUGCGAAAAGGAGGGCCAAGGUGAGUCUGAGUGGCUCGGACCCUGACCCAGAUAGCCCGGACUCGGCCCUGAAACUGGAGCUGGUUCUGGACUCUUCCUCUCACAUCUCCCCCACUGUCACCAGCCCAGCCAGCGAGAGCGGCCUCUCUAGCCUGUACUCACCCCCGAACUCCACCCUCAACAGCACCAAAACCAGUCCUGGGAAUUCCGCCGUCUGUUCAGCAAAGCAUAGCGCUAGAGUGCCUUCUGCCAAGCUGAGGUCAGCUGUAUCUAUGGACUUCACUGCCCUUCAAGCAGGCUUUCCACUCAAAGAUAAAAUUGCAGCUGAUGUGAGUGUGGUUGGUCAGAGAGUUGCCUACUCGAAUGGACCAAUGGAACCUGAUGAAGACGACCCAAUUAGAGAAUACUCUCCACCCCCAACUAGACCUGCCUGCCGGGAGCCAAUCAGAGCCCUGAGGCCUGCCAAAGGUUUCCACAGCUACAGUAACAGGAAGACAUCGGCCACUGACAUGCCUGAAGGUGUGGUUGGUAGAGGAGUGUUUGGCUCUGUGGUUCUGUCCGACCGUCCAGGGGUUGCAGUCUCGAUGGACCAGGGCGACUGUAUGACCAGACUGCCUAGUGGCCACGCCGUCCCCAGCCAUCACCUUGACCCCGACUACAACCCAGACGCAGAGGAGGUUAGGGAGAACGGGAGAAUGCUGAGGUUUGCCAGGGAAAUGGCUCCACAGCGGCUGGACCAGCAGGAGGUCCAGCCAGGUCUGGGGGAUUGCCAGGGACUUGACCAGACGCCUCACCUCAGACAAGCGCAUGAUCACAAGUAUGCAGUGGACACGUCAGCCAUGUACACAGACAUCCAUCUAAAUGGUAGCGUGGCGACAUCCACCAAGGGUGACUCUCUUCCAGACAGGUCACCCACCAGCCCUACCAUCCCCCAAGGCACCCAGAGCCCCGUGAAAUGUUUCAGCCCCCCGCACCAGCCCAGCCCCCCCACGGUCCCUCCCAGCCAGAGGAGCACUCAGCCCCGUCUCAGGAGGGCUCCCAGUCUCAGCAGAACACGGCUCCCAGUCUCUGCAGAGUCUCUCUCACACAGCUCAGAUGAAUUGUCCCCCGGCACGCCCAGCCAGAAGAAAGACCUGGCAGAGCAGCCUGAACUACGUCCCUUCUCCAAACCUGAGCUAGCACUAACACAGGGCUUCAAACUCCUCAGUUCAGACGACUGGGAGAAGAAGAUUGAGGGCCUGACCUUACUCCGCGGUCUGACGCAGUACCAUUCAGAUGUACUGCAGAACAGACUGCAUGACGUCUGUCUCGCGCUCAUCCAAGAGGUAAGGAACCUUCGGUCGGGCGUGUCCCGCGUUGCCGUGGGGACCGUGGGUGAGCUGUACGCCGCGCUGCAGAAAGGCAUGGACCAGGAGCUGGAGGGCACGGCCAAAGCUCUGCUGCAGAAGGCCGGGGAGUCCAAUGCCUUCAUCAGGCAAGAUGUGGACACGGCGGUGGACAGCAUGGUGCAACACUGCACCCCCACCCGGAGUCUGCACGCCCUGCUCACUGGAGGCCUCGGUCACCUGAAUUCAGUGGUGAGGAAAUGUGCGGCUCAUCACAUGGCCAAUCUGCUGGAGAACAUGGGGCCGGCGCGCGUGCUGUCCGGGGGGAAGGACCUCACUGACCGCGUCCUGCCUGCUGUCACCAGGCUGGCGCAAGACUCCUCCCAGGAAGCCAGGUAUCAAGGGCGACGGAUGCUGCUGUUUCUGUCGACACACCGGGACUUCGAUAAGAUGUUGGAGAAAUAUGUCCCUGCCAAAGACCUGGCUCCCAUCAGAGACACUGUGUUCACACUGAAAACUAAGGGCCUGGGAGAGAUGCCCCAGGACACCCCAUCAGCCAGAGGGCGGCGUUCCCUCCCUGGCAGCGGGACGGUCAGGGCCUCCUCUCUGAACAGGGAACCCCUCAAAGUGGUCAACAGGGAGGCUGGCCAGCACGGCGGCAGACCCCCGGCUCACAGCAUUGCAGACAAGACCGAGUACGUGAAGCAGCUCACAGCCCUGCUGGGUUCAAAGGACUUCAGAGAGCGCAUUAAGGGCAUCGACCAGCUGGUGGGGGACUGUGAGCACAACGCCAACAUGGUCGUCGGCAGCAUCUUUCCAGUGUUUGAUGCCUUUAAAGCCAGACUGCAGGAGUCCAACAGUAAGGUCAAUCUGUAUGCUCUGGAGUCCCUGCAGAAGAUUGUGAUGCUGAUGAAGGAUAACCUGGCCCAGGUGGUGUACAUCCUGGUCCCAGGCAUUGUGGACAAUCACCUCAACUCAAAGAACAACGCUAUCUAUACCGCUGCUACUGGAGCCAUUCACGCUCUCAUCCACAACCUGGAUAACACCCUUCUACUCCAGCCUUUCUGCACCAAGGCCCAGUUUCUGAGUGGCAAGGCUAAAGUGGACCUCAUAGAAAAGGUUGCUGAUCUGGUGAUGGAGCUGUAUCCUCGUAAGCCCCAGGUGGUGGAACAGAAGGCUUUACCGCUGCUCUGGCACCUCCUGGGCACCUCCUGCCCCAGCGGCACAGUUCAUGGCCGGGGGGGCAGUGUGCGGGGGGCCACCGCCAACCUGUGCCAAGCCCUUUAUGCCCAAAUGGGGCCGGCUUUGGCAGAGUGUGCUGCUUCCCAGCCUGCCAACGUCCACAAGGGCCUCAACGAGCUCCUGAGGGUCCCACAUAAAACCUUCAAAUUACCAGCAAAUUCACCCGACAGAACAGAAACCCUGACUGACCUUACUUGAAGACAGAUGUUCUACAUUUCUAAUAGUGCCUGCACUUUUUUAAAUAUUAUAGAGUAUGUGAACUCCUUGAGAGCCCUUAAAUCAACCUGCUUCUCAGUAAAGGAGCAAAGGCAGACAGACUUCAGCUGUUGGUAUCAGGUCUUACAAUCUCAACCACCUGCUCUCUUUGCACUUUGGAAAAAAUAGCUCACUAUCAUGAUAGUUGUCGUCAUGAAUACUGCUUUGGAUGUAUCGUCAUUUGAUUGUUGCUGUUGGUUUUUCUUAAACUUAUUGUACACAAAUCAGAGACAACAUUGCGAAGAAUGUACAAGUGAAAUGCACAAAAAAGAGAACGGGACCUAUUUUUGUUUCAUUAAAGGUAAUAUGUAAUAUUUUUUAUGUGUAUUAUAUGGUUGUUUGAAAGAUUAGUCCGAAUUAAUUAUUAUAAAUUACAAAUGUUGUGUAGCUCCAAUGUGAUUGCACAGUAUUCGCCUGAUUUGUAAUUUAUGCUGUAUAAUGUUGCAGUAUAUAAUUUAUCUAUUGCAUAUGGUUUCAAAAUCCUGUUGUUACAAUGUGUUGAAUUGUUCUGACAGAGCUUUUGUCUUAGUUAUUUUUUGCAUGACCAAAAUGUACUGACAGGAUAAAAAUAUAUAUUUUUUUCUUAAACAUAUACAGUAUAUAUAUAUAUAUAUAUAUGUACAUUUUGGGUGUAAAACUAUUAUAUUGGGUGUGUAAAACAUUGAAACCAUUUAGCUUUAAACUUACAAAUGAUUCAGAGACAUUAAAGCCCAGGUUUCUUAUUGUGUCAGUAUAGUGCCAGUUUGGAAGUAGCCUUUCACAAUUCCGUGGUUACAUUUUAUUGAACGUCAUUGUUAAAAAGAGAAAAUGCAGAUUGAUAUAUAAAGUGUUUAUUUCUGUAAA